GCCUGGUAGUUCGGGCUGGCGCCACGCGGGUGCUGCCCCUUAACUUGUGUUGCAGGGAUUCUGCGGGACCUGGCUGGGCGCAUGAAGCAAGCGCAGACGCGGGGAGGACACGGGCCCUGGCCUUCAGGAGCUCGCGGGGUCUAGGGGGAGACGGACGGGCGGGGUCCGUGUCACCCUGUCGAGUGGGAGUCAGGACCUCAACUGCCCGGUCCUGGAGGGUCUUUAUAUUACAGAACCCAAGACCAUUCAGGAACUGCUGUGUAGUCCCUCGAAGUACCGCUUGGAAAUCCUGGAGUGGAUGUGUAUUCGGGUCUGCCCCUCCUGGCAGGACAAGUUCAGCUCACUAAAGGGGGCCCCAGUCGAGGUGAAGAUCCAAGAGAUGGUGAGACUAGGCCAGGAGCUGAUGCUGUGUGGGCUGGAUGACCAGGAGCUCCUAAAGGGCCGGGCCUGCGCCCAGAAGCAGUUGCGCUUCAUGAACCAGCUGCUGGAUGGGGUCCAGAGCCUGACUGCCGGAUGCUGCAGCCGCUCCAGCAGUGUGAAGGAGCACUUAGAGGACACCAGAGAGAAGAACGAGGUGCUUCUGGGGGAGCUCUUCUCCAGCCCCCACCUGCAGACGCUCCUGAGCCCCGAGUGUGAGCCAUGGUCCCUGGACAUUCAGCCCUUCCUUAGGCAGCAGAGCGGUGCCUGGCAGAGGGCCAGCCCCUGCGUUGAGGUGGAGGACGUGAACGUGGUGGAGCUGGGCAGGCAGCUGCAGGAGAGCGCCGCCAAACUGCAGGCGCUCAGGGUGGAGCACAAGCAAGGGGGCGCUGUGAGCGGGGCCGACACCAGCACCCUGGACCAGAAGCUGCGCCUGGUCAUCUCUGACUUCCACCAGCUCGUUGUGGCUUUCCUCCAAGUCUACAACGACGAGCUGGGUGAGUGCUGCCGGCGCCCGGGCCCCUACCUCCACCCGUGUGGCCCCAUCGUCCAGGCUGUGUACCAGACCCUGACUUCGUGCAACCAACUGCUGAGAGCGGUCACGCAGGUCACCGACACCUCGGCAGAAGCCGUGCAGAUGGCGAAGCAGCAGCAGGACGAGCGCAUCUGUUGGGGCGGCAGCAAUUCUGUCACGAGUCUAGCCACCAAAAUGGAAGAACUAACUGAGAAAUACAAGGUCUUCAAUGACAGUCUGAAAGACAUGGAGUAGUCUGGGGACUGGAAGCUCUGCCCUGAGGAGCCAGGGCCGGGCCAUAGGGGCAGGGGGCGGAGGGGGGGUGGGGCGCAGGGCCAGCCCUGAGGCGGGAGAGGCAGUUACAGCCGCACGCUCUGCGGGAGCAGCCCCAUCAGCCCCAUCAGCAGCUUGGGACAGAAGGAGGGAGAGGGCAGACUUGAGCUGGACAGAAAGGAAAGCUCGGGUUCCAAGAAGCCGCCUCCUGACUGCCUCCUCCCCUCUGCCGUCUGGCUGGGGCUGAGGGGGCCGUGGCUCCCCCACUGCUCAGUCUGCCCUUCUCCCCGUGGUGGUGUCCCAGAUCCCGGGCUCUGGGCUUCCUGCUGUCCCAGGCGGCCUUGGCACUGCUUCUGCUCCUGCCCCUGCCUGGUGAAACCUGGGGACGCCAAGCCUCAGAUGUCUCCGCCUCGCCGUGGGACCUGACCGCCCCACUGCCGUCUGCACUGUGACUGGCCUUGGGGUCCCACGUGAGGACUCCCUGCAGACCCCGGGCCCAGCCACCGACACCCGGCACCCAGCACAUCUGGAAUUGAGUGGGCGGGCAUGUGUUUCCUCCUCCCUCCCCAGGGCUCCCUGCACCCGCCUGGGAAAUUCUUGCCAGUGGCCUGACUGGUUGUCCGGGAAGCUGCUCUCUGGGCUUCCCAGGGUGACCCAGUAUCUCCCUGAGCAGUGCGCCCGUCCCUCCCUCCGAGCAUGGGAACAGGCACCACUGGCGGGGCCUCUGCCUCCCUCAGCCCGGCGGCGGGCCGGAAGGGGCUUGUGGAGGGGCCUCCCUCUAAACACUUGGCCCACCGCACAGGCCUGCCCUGGCUGUGAGCCUCCCCUGCUCCUGCGUCCGCUCCUCCUCGACUUCCCUGCGGCUGCUCCGGACGGGAAGGCUGCUGAGGGAGGGAGGGGGACAGGCGGGCCCAGGGUCACCAUUGUCCAGCUGCGCCAGCAGCUUCACGGUCCAAGGAACCCACGAAGGCCUGUGGCAGGCAGGCCACAGCCAGCAUCUUUGUUGCCUCCCCAUGCCCCUGGUGGGAGGCUGGGCCUGUGGGCACCCACCAACCAAGGGCUGGCAUAGCUUGCUCUGGAACGAGGUACUCGGGACGGUGCCACCCACUUUCUGGCCACGGAGGGCCUUCUUGCUUUCUACCUGUCUUGAAUGUGCCUUUUGCCCUUGACUGAGCCAGGUGGGCCG